GAGAGAGGAGAGCUUGGACUAGAGGGCUACACAGGGGUUGGGAAGAGAAGGCGAGAAAAUCAAAGGCAGAUCGGCGGUAGUGAAGGUUGGGGGAGGCGGGGAGCAGGCUGGGGAUAAAGGGAAGGAGGUGACGGAGAGAUCAGAAGGGACACACUUCAUGCUGGAUAAGGAUCUGCCUGGUUGUUCAGAGAAGAGAAUAAAAGCGAACAAAGCUAAUUUGCUGGCUGCUGUUGCAGCUGGGACCGGAGGCUGCUGGGAGUCUGUGGCAGAGCCGGAGCCGGAGCGCUUCUGUGAAUUUGCUGGGCAGCUGCACGUUUGUUCCCCGGAUCUGGGAGGAUAUUUAAGAGGAGAAUUCUUUCUUGGGAACCAUUUGUAGUUGAAAGUGCCGUGUUCAAAGAGCAAGAGAUGAGUGGAUCACAUACUGCUAUAGCCCCGUUAGCACCAUGUAUGGAGGGUCUUCCACCAUUGCCAAAAAGCCUUAGUGGACUCCUUAAUUCUAGUGGGGGAUCUGGCUGGCGGGACCUGGAACGAGUCUAUGCUCAGAAGUCUCGCAUCCAGGAUGACUUAAGUCGUGGUGGCACAAGUGGUAGUGUCCAAGCCCAUCCUAAACCUCCAAAUCUGGAUGCAGCUCUGGCUCUACUCAGGAAAGAGAUGGUUGGACUUCGCCAGCUGGAUAUGUCCCUCCUGUGCCAGUUGUAUUCACUGUAUGAGUCAAUCCAGGAAUAUAAAGGUGCUUGCCAGGCUGCAUCCAGUGCCGACUGUACCUAUGCAAUGGAGAAUGGUUUUUUUGAUGAGGAAGAGGAGUAUUAUCAAGAAGCUGGAGCUCUUCAUAAGAGUGGGAGGGAAAACUCCGAAGGGAACCUAACAUUAACUGUACCGCCCAUAUCCAACGAGGACUGGAUACUAGAAAAUAUCUAACUCCCCUAGCGCACUAACGGAUAGAGCCAAGAACUUCUCUUAUCGGUGCUGAAACAAUUUACUUGCCUUGCUUUCCAGGCAGCUUUAUAGGAACGGAAUAUCUGCAGGCAUGUUUAUGGAGAGGUCUCCCAUGGCCACCUGGCCAUUAGCAUUGCUACAACCUAAUUAGGAGAAACUAUCAUUACAAGUGCCUUUAACAUCCAGAUAGCACUUACUUGUUUUAGUUGCGAGGAAAGUAUUUUCAGAAUUCAACAUUUCAUGUUUCUAAAAAUGUUACUCCUUGUUGGGGUAAGGAUCUACUUUGUCUGAUCCUUCUUUCUGCAGAAUGUUUCGUUGUAGCCAUAAAUCACCCGUGAGCGCUUUUGUACAAGUGAGUACAGGGAUACAGUGCAGUUCUUAUGCACAAAACAUUUAUAUGUGCACAGAAUUUUUCAAAUCAGAGAAGGAAAUUGGCUCAUUCCAUUGCCAUGUUGGGGGUAUAUGUAUCAAAAGGGGAAAUAGAGAUCGAACACAGGCGAGUUCUUUCUCACCUUUUAAUAAAUAUGCCGCUUUCUCAUUACGGACUUUUUUCCCAAUACACAUUUUACAAGCAGCUCUAUCAUUAUGGUACCAAUGUUUAUUAUGUAUAAGCGUGCUGUCAUAUUUAAAGGUAUUUCAGUAUGAAAUUUUACAUAUAUGACAAAGUGGUUUUUGCAGCUCUGUUACAGUAUGGAGUGUUUGUACCCCUCCUUUUUAUAACAUGAGUUUAAUGAAUAUGGUUUGUGCUUAAUGGCCUUUUUGCCUGUAAUUACUAGGUUUUGAUAUUUCUUGCACUAAAAUCUCAAAGUAAAUUUACAUUCUACUUUCUGUCUGUAGGACCACAGUCAAAACAAAUCAACAAUUUAUUGAGAUGCCUUUAUAUAUUGAGCUGCUCCCUAUCGCAAAGCCUAACAAAUGCUCUAGCUGAGGGAAGGGAGGGAUUUGUUUAUACAGAGGGCAUUCUUAGGCCCUUCUAAUUAUUUUAAACAGCAAAUAAAGAUUACUUCCAUAUGUAAUAAAAGGCACUAAGUUUGCCCAGGAGCAGUAAUCCAUAGGAACCAAUAAGAUGUUUGCUUUUAACAGACGACCAGUAAAUGCUACCUGCUGAUUGGUUGCUAUGGGUAACUGCUCCUGGGAAAACUUUGUCAUAAAACUAUUUUAUUGGAGGAUUGUGAUGCUGACUGUCAUUCUACCUCUCAGUGGACUGCUGAUUUGUUUUGAUUGGGCUCCUAUGAAUUAGAAGUAGAAUGUGACUUUACUUUCAAUUUCGGAUUUUGCCUAGUUUAGUGCAAGCCCUAUUCAUUAAGCUUAUAUUGAUAAAAGGGGGUAUACUGCCAUUUAAACACAGAUAAUAUAUACUUUGUCUUGCAGACAUUUGGAUGUUAUUGUAGGUUUUUCAUUUUUAUUGCGUGUUUUAACAUUUUAAAGAGCAAGAAGUUAUAGCUGAUAUUCCAAAUGAAUGUGUACCUGAUCACAUUACAUUUAAUUGCCUAUGGGAAACCGUUAAUGGUCUUAACUGGGUUAUGAACCCAGCAGAAAAAGCAGAAAAUUACUCCCAGUGCCAGCAACAUUCUCUUUGGUAAGGGAAUGAAUUGUUUACUGGGGAAUUCCACUGUCUUGCUUGUGACCGGUCAUUCCCUAAUGCAAUAUACCGCUGAAAGUGUUGCAGGCCUCUUGGUUGUCAUCAGUCCUCGAUGCAUUCAGUCAGAGCUCGGACAUUACCUAAAUUAUAAUUAAGCACCCCUUGAAUAACAGUGGGCAGAUAUAUUGUGCAUACUAAUCAUUAGCCCUCAUUUGCUAUUCCACAUGGUACAUACUUGUGGCCAUUGAGUGACAUAGUAAAAUGUUAUCAGCCCUCCAGAGGACUAGUUCCUGCUUGUACAGAGCAAAGGGACAGUAGCACCAAAAGAAUAAGACGUACGUAUAUAUAAUGUACUAAUUCCCUGCUCAUGUAGACUUUGUGAGCUUACUUCAAAAACUCUAAUAGAAUUUAUAAAUUUGUAGCAGCCGAAGCUGUGUACAUCUCUGGGUUUUUCUGGCCUUAAAAAAGGUAUGUUAAACAGGAACCUAUUUUCAGAAACUUUUCAAUUACAGACAAUAACAAAAACACCAAUUGCAAAUUGUCUUACAGUACUGCUGGCUGCAUCUUAUUAAAGGCUAUUUUUAAGGCGAACUACCCUUUUACACUGGAUGCAUUUGUAAGUAAAAUACAAGUUAAAGUAUUCAUAUUUACUUGGAUCUCUUGGAAAGACAUUAGGGCAGAUCAUGCUAAUGGUUUAGGGCUGUUGCUCAAUUACAUUCUUUAGAAUAGGUUCUUGUAAACCUUAAUAAUUAAAGGCAACCAAACCUGUUUUCUGGCUGAGGCCAGGAUUUUUAGAGAUGCUGUUAUGUAGUCAGAUCACAGAUGAUUUUAGACCUUACAAGAGAUCUCUUCCUAAGAGGGAAGGAAGGAUCCUUGGUUAAUCAGCAACUGUUGAAUAUUAGCCUCAUAUAUAUUUAAACAAGUUUGUCCUCCAUUCUGCAUCGCUACAGGUAUCCAAUAGGAGUAAUUGGAGGUUCAUAGCCCCUUGCUGAGCUAUGUGGAUCAAUUUCUAUACCCUGACCACGAGAUGAUAGGAGCCACAUCUGUAGCGUGUAUUUGUGUGUAUCUACAUCACAAUUCAUUAUGAGUGAUAUGUGUAACCUUGCUUAUAUUUUUAAAAUACGUUUAACCUACCAGUAUUUUAUUUUAUAACAGUUUGACACUUUAAAGGAAAUCUAUAUGCUGCUUUUUUUUUUUUUUAUGCACUUUUCUUGGAACAUUUUCCUGUGCCGGCACAGAGCACUCCAAUUCUACAAACAUAAUUUGUUUUUUUUAACUUAAAACUGCAAGUUGCAAUUGUGAUUUCUCUGCUGGUCUAAAUCUGCAUUGUAAUGACAUUGCUAGGCAGAAUUCUAAAGGGGAAAUAAACAUACACCCAAAUUGUGAUGAAUACUUCACAAAUAGUCUUCAUUACCUUUUUGGUUAUAGUUCAAGAUAUAAAUGGUUUGUGUGCCUACUCAAGCUUUUCCUGCUGCAAACAACCCAACCAUGGUGUGCAUGUAGGAAUCUCACUGCAAGGUUGUGUUGUUUGCAGCCACAAAAGCUGUUAGGUUGAGGAACUCACCAAUACAUUAUAUUGUAUUAAAAAACUAUAAGGAGGAAAAUCAGACUAUUUGUGAAACAUUUCUGAAAUGUCCAACAGAAUUUAGUAGAUCUUUUUAUAAUGGCAAAGAAGAUUAAUUAAAGUCAACAUUUCCUUAUAGUUACUAAUAAACCUUUUUUUCUUGUUUGUAUUUUGUUUAUUAUGUUUAUAUUUAUUAAGAUGUCAUUAUACAUUGUCACCAAUAAAAUAGAGAAAUAGCAAGUAAAA